AUGGCUGACAUCAAUCCUGAUCCUCAAGGCACCCAAAGUCUCCCACCUCCAUCCCUGCCUCAGCUCGUAGCCGAGCAGCACGUUCCCAUCCCUUCGAGCGACAAAGACUCGCAGCGUCUCAUCGUCGUGCUUUCCAAUGCCAGUCUCGAGACAUACAAGGCCUCAUCUGGCGGCCGUGGUGGUGCCAAGGACGACAAGUACUCGUUGCUCAACAGCGACGAGCACAUUGGUGUCAUGCGCAAGAUGAACCGCGACAUCUCAGACGCCCGUCCCGACAUCACUCACCAGUGUCUCCUUACUCUUCUCGACUCGCCUCUCAACAAGGCCGGCAAACUACAAAUCUACAUUCACACAGCCAAGGGUGUCUUGAUCGAAGUCAGCCCCACCGUUCGCAUUCCCCGUACCUUCAAGCGUUUCGCUGGUUUGAUGGUCCAGCUCCUCCACAGGCUCUCCAUUCGAUCUACUACAUCGCAAGAGAAGCUAUUGAAAGUUAUCAAGAACCCCAUCACCGACCACCUCCCUCCCAACUGCCGCAAGGUCACUCUGAGUUUCGACGCUCCCGUCGUUCGUGUAAGCGACUACAUCGGCGAUCUCGCCCCCAAGGAGAGCAUUUGCGUCUUUGUCGGUGCUAUGGCCAAGGGCAACGACAACUUCGCAGACGAGUUCAAGGAUGACUCGAUCAGUAUCAGCAACUUCAGCUUGAGUGCUAGUGUUGCCUGCAGCAGAUUCUGCCACGCCGCCGAAGAAGUCUGGGACGUCAUCUAG